AUGCUGCAGCUCAACCCAAAGCACCACCGCUCGCCAAGGCUUGGCGAGAGGCUGGCUCCGUACCAGCAGAGUCCCGACGCCUCGCGCGAUCGCUUCCUCGUGACUCCCGAGCCGCCGCUCCACCCAGGCCCUCCGCCGCCGGGCAGGCCGCCGAAACAGGAGACGCUGACUGUGCCCCUGCUAGAUGUGGAGCCCGCCAUUCUCGAGGCUGCGCCCGACAUGUGGUCGCUGCCGCAGAUUGCCAUCUACAGCCACUAUGCGUGCGUCGGCAUGGUCAAUGGGCUUCUGUCGCAGACGCUGCUGCCGUACUGCCUCUACGUAGUCCAUGGCCAGCCAAACACGUGCGCGACGGUCUCCACCUUUGUCAACCUUCCGUGGGGCUUCAAGCUUGCGUACGGCAUGCUCAGCGACGCGGUGCCGAUCUGCGGCUUGCACCGCAAGCCGUACAUGGUCCUCGGCUGGGGCAUGCUCUGGGGCGGCGCCCUCCUGCUCGCCGUCCUCCCGACGCUCACUCUGCCGCUCGCCUCGACCAUCUUCCUGUGCAUGACCGUCUCGUACCUCCUCGCCGACUGCGCCGCCGACGCGGCGCCGGUGUGGAGGCUCAUCGUCGCGCUGGUCAGCGUCACCACGCUCUCGCUCGUCACCAACCAGGCAUCCUUCUCCUUCCUGUUGUGGUUCCACAUCGAGCCGCUGCAGCUCGGCCUGUCGGCCUGCUUCCAGAGCCUGAUGAUGGCGGCGAGCUGGCGGCUGACGUACGCCGGAGGUAUCCUCGGCGCGCAGCUGCAGAAGCGGGGGAUGUGUGGCACACAGCUCUUCUCGCUGCUCUACCUGCUCACCAUCUUCGUCCCGCUCUUCAAGAACGGCUGGUGGUACGUCUUCACGCAGGUGGACAUGUCGCUCGCGUACGCGCUCACGUCUGCGAUCGGCAUCGUGGUGAUCCCCGAGAUCACGGUGCCCGGCUUCGAGGGAGUCAUCUACGGCGCCGUCACCACGUACACGAACCAGGCGAUGAACGUGGCCAACGCCAUCAACAACCUCCUCCUCGCCGUCUGGCCGUCCAACACGAACAACGACGAGCUCAAGGCGUGCGCCCUUGGACGCGCACGGCUAAGCGCGUCGGAGGCCGGCGCGUCGUGCGAGGAGGUGCAGUGGAACAUGGCGUGGCUCACGCUGCUCGCCACCGCCACCGCUUGCCUCUCGCUCCUCUUCCUGCCCCUGAUGCCGAGCCAAAAGGAGGAGGUGCGCCGGCUCGCGGAGCUGCCCCGCAGCCGCGCCGCCGGCUGGGCGAUGCUUGCGCUGCUCGCCUUCCUCGUCAUCUUCGGCACGGCGCUCCGUCCCGGCACGACCCUCGCCGUGCUGCCAAUCUUCCCGCAGACGGCCUGCCUCGAGAUCGCCGGCGGAAAGGGGUGCUAGGGCCGCGCUGCUAGCCGCGGGGUGCCGCAAGGUGCCAGAGCGCCGCGGGGUGCCAGAGCGCCGUCGUGCGGCCCUCCGGAGCAGCAUUGGCCCGUCGCACCUCUGGCAGCGCCGGCUCAGCUUGCGGGAGAGAGCUCACCUUGGCAGCGGGCGGCUCCGCCUCCACAUCGUCUGCCCUGCGUCGUCUGGCGACGGGUCCUCCAUAGUCGGUCGAGGUCGCCGCACCCACUGGUGUCCAUCUCAGAGACCGCAGGAGGUCAUGAGGGUCGAUGGGAGUGCCAACCCC